AUUUUUAUGUGAUAAACGAAGAUAUCUGAACUUUAUAUAAAAUUAAAAAUUAAAUUGUAAAACCCCUUGUGCUACAGAUAAAUAAAAAGAAAUAUGUUUUGUGAUUGAAUUUAGUAGUAAUGAAGUAGGGACAAUGUAUUUGUUACUUUUUAUAUUAUUUUUUACAAAAUUAACAAUAGGCUUGAUAUUCAAUCAAAGACAUUGUACGGACAUAUUGACGGUAUUGGAAAAAGUUCGAAAACAAACAUACUUGACGCUCCUUCAGAUAGUGCAUCUUACAAUGGAGAAAUUCGCCGAAAAAGAAGAGAGGCCGAAAAUAAUUUAUCGGAUGUAGUGACAAAGGUUAACUAUCUGAACGAUACUCACAAAAAUUUGAUGGUACAUUGGGUGGGAGAAAACAGCAAAGUAAUCAUAUGUUUGGCUCGCGAUCCUGAACCCAAAAUACCUGGCUUUACGACACUUACUCCUUCCACAGUUUUUAUAUCUUACGACGAUGGUGAUAAUUACCAAAACAAAACAGAAAACUUCAAGUUGCCCGAUGGUGGAUACGCUACAUUGGAUAAGUUUUACAGUCACCCGAAACUUAAUUCGCAUUUUGUGUUUACAGACAUCAAACACAAUGUAAUAUACGUUACAACUGAUUACGGAAAAACAUUUGAAAGGAGAAAUUUGAGUUUUACGCCUUCUGAACUAUCUUUCCAUGAAUUGAAUCCGUCGAUUUUUCUUGUUUUUGACAAAAACAUCACAAGACAUAGGCUAUGGGUCACAGAAGACUUCGGAAAAUCAUUCCGAAUGAUAAAGGAAUUCAUUGACACUUUCUACUGGUUGAAAGACGAAGAUGACGAAUACAAUGUUGUCGUGCAAGGAUUCGAACCAGAUGGUUUGAGCACAAUUCUUUAUUCGUCGAAUUUCUUUAAAUAUAUGGUGUCAGGCGUUCACGCUUCAAACGUGAAAGAUAUCUUUAUCAAAGGAGACUAUCUUUUUUUUACAAAAUAUAAUGUAACGGGAGAGCUGCAACUGUACGUUUCUUACAAAUUAAGUGCACCACUAUUAUGCGUCUUUGAUUCCAAAGAAAAAUUCAACAGUUACUUCAUCGUCGAUGUGACUAAUACCAAAGCUCUUGUUGCAGCAGGGCAUUCGAAUACAUCUCAUUUAUAUGUAACGGAUAAUUUAACUGGCUAUAGAAAACAGGUCAAGUUUACGUUGUCUUUGGAAGAUGUUUUCGUCUUUUUCCCUUCAACUACUUGGCAAGACGCUGGGCUCCACCCCAUGCCAGAAGAAGCAUUUGCUGAUGUUUAUAAAGUAGAAGGUCUGACAGGCAUUUAUAUAGCAUCGAGAGUUACAUCAAAACCAGUUGCUGCUCAUCUAGGACCUCAACAUUUGGGAUCAGUCAUUACUUUUAACCAUGGAGUAACUUGGAGAUUAAUUCAGCCACCCACUUUCGAUGCAGAGGGUCACCCGUUAGGUUGUGUUACUACGAGAAAUUGUUCCUUACAUUUAAGUCAGAAAUUCAAUCAGUUAUUGCCUGAUACUAAAUCAGUGGGAAUAUUUUCAAGUAAAUCAGCACCUGGAUUUAUUAUGGCCACAGGUGUCUUAGGAAAUAAUCUGAAAAGUCAAUAUGCAGUAUAUAUAAGCUUGGACGGUGGAGUAACAUGGCGUCAAACAUUAAGAGAAUUAUACUUUUAUAAUAUGGGAGACCAUGGAGGUAUUCUAUCCGCUGUUAAAUACUAUGAAUACUAUAAAACAAAAGGAAAAACUCGCCACAUUAAAUAUUCUAUAGAUGAAGGUCGAAGUUGGAAUCAAACCGAAUUCCAUAAUCAAGAAGUAAGAAUAUACGGUUUAAUGACAGAACCAGGAGAAAAUACUACUGUUUUCACGAUGUUUGGAUCUUUACCAGAACACCACCAAUGGAUUAUCGUUAAAGUUGACUUCACCAAAGUAUUUAAACGUAAAUGUACGAAAGAUGAUUACAAGAUGUGGUCUCCGUCUCCUAGUCACAGUGAAGGCAUUCGAAAUUAUAUUCCAUGUGAAAUGGGAUUGCAAGUAGUCUACCAAAGAAGAAUGCCAUUGGCAAAUUGUCUAAACGGCUUGGAUUACAUACAACCAAAAUCUACAGUGGUAUGUGAAUGUGAUUGGCUUGAUUUUGACUGUCGUUAUGGAUUUGUAAAAGUUGGUUCCCCACCACGCUGCAUUCAAGACAAAUCUGACACAUCAUUGGAUGUAUACAAAGUUCCAACUCACUGCAAGCCAGGCAGCUUUUACAACCGUACCAAAGGCUACCAUAAAAAAACCGAAAAUAGUUGUGUAGGCGGUUUUGAAUCUGACUAUCUUCCAGACAUCGUUCCUUGUCCCUUUCAGGAAGUGGAUGAUUUUCUUUUAUUUGCUCAAAGGAAAAACAUUUCCAGAUAUAACUUAAUCAGUAAGAAUUUAGAACAUUUAUCGGUGCCAAACUUGAAGAAUGUAAUCGCAAUAGAUUUUGACAUGGCAAACAAUUGCGUUUACUGGGCAGAUAUGGCCGAUAAGACUAUUAAACGACAAUGUUUCGGAAAUGAUACAGAAAUUUUAGUAUUUAACGAUAAAUCAUCAAUCGAAGGUAUGGCUUUGGACUGGUUAUCCAAAACUUUGUAUUUCGUUGAUGGUCUUGGUGCCAAAAUUGAACUUAUUAAAACGAAUAUAAAUCAAAGCGGAAUAAUGAGGAGAACUAUUUUGAAUUCAACGGUAUUGCAUAAACCGAGAGGUAUUGCUUUACAUCCCAGCCAUGGAUACAUGUUUUGGACGGAUUGGUCCGCCGAAAAUCCUUCAGUGAAUCGAGCUAAUUUGGACGGAAGCAGCUAUAUGACUCUUUUCGGAAGAGAUAAAGUUGAGUGGCCUAAUGGUAUUACAAUCGAUUAUUUCGCCAAUAGAUUAUACUGGGUAGAUGCCAGAUUAGAUUACAUAGGUAGCUCAGAUUUACAUGGUGAUGGUUUCGUAAAAGUGAUUUCAAAUUCCGACGUAGUUUCUCAUCCAUUCGCCAUAGCUGUCUUUAAAAGUAAUAUGUACUGGGACGACUGGCAGCUAAACUCUAUCUUCAGUUCAGAUAAGGACACUUUUAAGGACGUUCAAGUAUUAUUAAAAGAGAGAGUAGGACUUAUGGAUCUUAAGGUAUUUGCACAUGGAAUCCAAAUAGGCACAAAUGCCUGUACCAAUACAACAUGUUCAUAUAUUUGCGUCGGAUUACCCAAGCACCGAGAAGCAUGUCUUUGUCCUGAUGGAUUAACAAUGGAGAACGGCAAAUGUAUGUGUCCAGGACACAUAGAACCAUUUGCCAACAUGACUUGCCCAAGCGUUGCCCACACCUGCCCCCCUACAUUCCUUGUUUGUGGAGAUGGGAGAUGUUUGCCUAAUUAUUGGAGAUGUGAUGGUGAUAUAGAUUGCCUAGAUGGGUCCGACGAAGCUAAAUGCCCUCUUCCAAUCUGCCCUGAAGGACAAUUUCAAUGCGAAGACGGACAAUGUAUAUAUUCAUCAUUCCGAUGCGAUGGCGAUAAUGAUUGUAGAGAUAAAUCAGAUGAGGUAAAUUGCAGUGAUGGAAAACAGAUCAGUUGUAAAAAUUACGAAUUUCAGUGUAAUAACGGUCCCUGCAUUCCCACAAUAUGGAAAUGCGACGGAGAAUCUGAUUGUCCCGAUGGUUCUGAUGAAUCUUCGUGCCCUAACAACACUUGCAACGACUCGCAGAUGUCCUGCGGGCUCCCAACGAAUCGUUGUAUACACAAAACUUGGAUUUGUGACGGCGACAAAGAUUGCAUGGAUGGCAGAGACGAAGCGAAUUGCACUUUCAAUCACUCCGACAUACCGAAGCGUCCAGAUAAAUUUCAGAGUUGGAAUGAUGGUACAUGUGAUGAUCGAUGGAUGUUCCAGUGUAGAAAUCAACGUUGCAUACCUCUCUGGUGGAGAUGUGAUGAUACAGACGAUUGCGAGGAUAAUAGUGACGAGAUAGACUGUUUAUUUCCGACGUAUCCGCCCACUGACAAUGCGACAUCACAAAGACCCAAUGUCACUUGCGAAAGCAAUCAGUUCCAGUGUGAUAGAGGUGAUUGUAUUUUAGCUUCUUGGGUUUGUGACGGCAUGAAAGACUGUUUCGAAGGAGAAGACGAGAAAAAUUGUGACUCCUCCGUAAAUUGUUCCCGAUCUCAAUUUAAAUGUCAAACCGAUGGCAGUUGUAUUGCGGCAACUGCUGUUUGCGAUGGUGAUUUUGAUUGUACUGAUAAAACGGACGAAUUGUCUUGUAAUAACAAUUUACCUGAUGAAUCUGGUGCUCCUAGUUGUACCUAUGGAUUUUUUCACUGCGACGAAACUUGCUAUCCAUUAUCGCUUCUUUGCGAUGGAAACAUCGAUUGUAAAGAUAGUUAUGACGAGAAUAACUGUUCAACAAGAGUGAGAGUUUACCAUAUGGAAGUGGAUGAAAGGUUUACAAAUGCUAGUGCGAUAUACGUUAAGUGGUGGAUUGUUCGACCAGUCGAUCUAGAAGUUGAAUACGAGCCUUCUAUCAAAAAAAUUGGGGAAGAACAUUGGAGAAAUGAAAGUUGGACCAGUCAACCUUACCAUCAAUUUACUAACCUAGAACCGUUCACCAAAUAUAACAUGACUGUAUAUGUCAGAAUCAAGAACACACACGUAGUCUUCCCACCAGCAAUAUUUAAUGUAUCUUCCACAAGCGAGUCAAUUCCAAGUGAACCCUGGAAUGUUUCCGCAAGGCAGAGAAAUGGUUCACAUAUAUUAAUCUCAUGGAAUAAGCCACGGUCUCCUAAUGGGAUUAUUGUUUCUUACGAACUGUGCUGGAUAUUCCCAAAUUCAGCUGAGAUUAGGCUUAAAUUAUCUGGCAAUCAAACCGCACAUAUGCUUUCACAACACUUUGAUAAUGGACUUAAUUACACCUUUUGGGUAAUCGCUCAUAAUAGAAAAUACCAAAGUAAAAAGUCUCUACCAGCUACAUUAAUAUUUGAUGGAAAAGCAAGUAUAGAAGGUGUUAAAAAUAUUAAAGUAAAAGAAGAAGAUGACAGUAUUUCUCUGACUUGGGAUUAUAGUAAGGAAGCAGAAGGAUUUGAUGUAAGAAUCUUUAUAGAUAGACCAUAUCCCAAUCUACCUCCUAGAACCACGUCAUCUAAAAACAUUACACUCAAGUUAGCGCCUGGAGUUAAUUAUAAAGUUGGGAUUAAGGCAAUUAAAAAGGAUCUUGUUGAACCAACGGCGUACAUCAGUUUUAGAAAAGCAGGCAAUUCUCUACCUGAAAUCGAAUCUUUACAAGUAAUAGCUCUACAAGAUAUUGGUACGGCUGUAAAGUUAAGGUGGGAUAGGCCUAAAUAUGCGAAGAAAGUAAAUUGGACGUAUGGUGUCUAUUAUGGUAUCAAUCACCAGCAGCUCUUUGAAAGUCCUAGAAAUACAACCAUGAAUGAAAGUAUCACAAUAACAAACUUGGAUUCCUGUGAAAACUAUAUGUUUUCUGUUGGUUUGGUUGGUCCUAUUGGUUUCGGACCCUUAUCUCAAAAUGUCCAACAAGUUAGUACUUCUGAAAAUCCCAGGGCUCCACCUAAGAGACUUACAGUGGAAGAAGAUGGCAAUAAUCCCCUCCAGAUCAAAAUAUCUUGGAUACCGCCGUGUCCGUCACGCCAACCAGAGUUUUACAAGGUAGCGGCAAGAAAUAAUGGCAGUUAUGUAGUAAAUUGGAAAGGUGCAGACUUGUCUCAGAAUAUCGGAAAGUAUCGAUAUGAAGUCUUAGUAAAUGCCGGUAAUAAAUUAAACGAGAGCCUCGCACAGAAGUUUAUUGUGGAUGGACCACCAUUUAUUUACGCAAACUCGUCUUCUAAUAUGUACACUUUUGCUGUUAGAAUAAAAACAUCAGAAGGUCUUAACUCUCAAAUGUCUAAUCCCGUCAGUUUAGAAAACCUUAUAAAAUCUUCAUACUGGUACUCAUUUAUUUUUUAACAAUAUUUGUAAUUUGAUAUUAUUUAGUUAGUGGGCAAAAAACACGAGUAAACUAUAUACUGAUGUCAAUAUUGUGUUUGGCAGCAUUCUGGGAAGAUUUUUCAUAACUCAUAUCAGCAUAUGCAGAGUUUUUAAUAUUUUUGUUCAUUUCUGGAUAAACACAAAUAAUCUGCAUACCGGUGUCCAUAUCUUUUUUAAUAUCAUUUAAAUGUUUGAAAUUAUUAGGUUAGUUGGCGGAAAAACUCAUGUAAAUUACAUACUGAUAUUAAUAUUGUUUUUGGUAGUAUUCUGGGAAGAUUUUUCAUAACUCUUGUCAGCAUAUGCAGAGCUUUUGAUAAUGUUGUUAAUUUCUGGAUAAAUAUAAGUAAUCUGCAUACUAGUAUCCAUAUCUUUUUUGGUAUCAUUUAUAUUAUUUUUUUCCGUGGGUUGAAAAGCACAAGUAUUUUGCAUUCUCGUCUGAAUAUUCCUACUAUUAGAACAACCAAGGUGUAGUUCUCAAUUUACUGCGAAUGUCUAUAAAAUAUUACCCUUCUUAUUCCUAUUUUACCAAUUCAUUGAAUUAUUUUAAUAUGUUUUUAAUGUUUUACAGAAUUAAAUAUUCACUACACUCUCA